UGGUUAACAGUGUGGCAAUAUAUAUAUAGCACCACGGUCGGCGGCGCGCUAGGCCGCUAGCCCCUCGCUCCUCCGCCGCCGCUCCUCCGAUGCGUGACCUUACUCGCCGCCUCCCCUCCCUCCAGCACCCUAGACCGGCGCUGGCGCGCCCUUGGGGUGGGUGCUGCUCGGCGCCCCCGCUUCCCCGACUGCUCGGCUCGGCGACCUGCAGGUGAGAAUAAAAUUAUCUGCCGCUCUUCUGCUAGUGCUGCACAGUGAUUAUUUUGUGUUCUUACUUGUUCAGAUCAUCAGAUGGCCUGGAGCUGUGAUGGCCAUACCCUUCCACACCAUGUAAUGAAGGUUUCGAAAUGUAUGAGAUUCAGAUUCCUGAGAAUCCUAACACCCACAUUUUUUCUGAAUUUUUUUUUUUUGAAUUGUUUGGAUUGCUUACCACAUGUGUCACUUGGUAACACCCACAUUGGCAACAAAGGUGAAGAGGCACGAUGCUAGUAGUAGACGUUGGUUCUGCUUGUGUUUUGGUAGCCACUGUCAGUUGUUUUGUUAACUUAUUUGGCUCUACUGUUUUACUAGCUACUACCAGUAGUACACAACACACUAGUGAUAAAACCAAAGUAUUGAUACCCUAUAAACUGAAAUCCCGUAUUUGCUGAACCAAAUGUACAGAUUCUUGUGUUGUAUGUUCGCUUGCCUAGCUCUGUUUCCUUUGCUUUUCUUUUCUUUUCUUUUCUUCUGCACGACUGACCCUAAAGAUGCAGUGUAGUUCAGUGCAUAUAAUCUCCAAUGCCCAAAUGUCAAACACACCGCAACUUGCAAAAUAGUCUCUCUCUCUCUCUCUCUGCAUCUAUGCUUGAAGAGGCAGAAGGCGAUGCUUUUUCUCUAGGGAAAGCAAAGCAUAGAGCCUGAAAGAAGGAAAGAAAAAGCCCACAAAACAGCUCAGGAAUGAGUGACAUUAUCUGCAACCGCAAGCAAGGAACAAGUCCUUUCGGAAAACACGAGAGCACAGUGGGGCAAAACCAAAAAAGCUCAUACCAUUACCACUGCACCCAUCUACCAGAACAUAUGCCAAUUGCCCCAACUUGCACUACACUCUGUUCCCGAGCUCUUCCACCAGUCGCAGCUACACGCAAGCGAAAACUUCUUUCAUCUCCAGCAAGCCAGAUGAUUGGGUGAUACAUCUUCACCUUGGACUAGAGGAUGGAUGGCUUCGACUAAUGGCUGCGGAAAUCUGUGGCGGAUUGGUUAGACAUGUUUUUCUCAUGGAUUUCUUAUACUGCUGUGCUGUUAGUUUUGAUUUGAGGGAGAUGAUGGAGUGAGCUGCAUCUGGAAUAAUGGAGUUUUUGGAGAUAACUUUAUUUUUAUGUGCAACUCUUCUUCACUCGUUGAAAUGAUCCGCCUGUGGCUCUAGAGUUCAUUCUGUUGUUCCCGAGCCCCGCCACCAUCUAAGAAAAACAAGUGGGUUUGUUUUUCCAUUUCGAGUGAUGUUUCUUCACCUGGGACUUGAUUUCUUUGGGACAACUUAUCCUUUCUCCGCAAGUCUUCUUGGCUCCUUGACUUGAUAUCUAGACUGCGGGCCAGUGGGUUACAAGCACACAGUCAUGGUUUUCUUCUGCUGAGGGUAAUUAUUGGUUUUACUGUGGAGCUUCAGAAUGGCUGCUGCACCACCUGAACCUACUCUGAAAGGGCGUACUCUGGUUGUAAAGGAUUUCGAUGACGCCGUCAAGCAGCUGAUUGAUUUUCUGCAUCAUGGCGAUGAUGCUGCAGAAGGCAGAAUAAAAGCAUUCUUAUUUCAUGGCUGGUUCGGUCAGGGUCUGGGAGCAUCCGCCGUUCUUAGAGCUACAGCAGAACACCUCAAAUCGAAAAGAAGCAAUCCAGACAUGAAACUGCAAUUUGGUAAAGUUGUCCACGUAGACUGCUCUCUGUGGAAAAAUAGAAGGACGAUGCAGCGGGAAAUAGCAGCAGAACUGAACCUUGGGCAUUUAAUGCCUAUUUUUGAUAAGCAAGAUGAGGAUGAUGAUUUCAGAGGAGUAGAGGAUAGUUCUAGAGCAGAGCUAAUAAGCAUAGCAAGUGAGAUCUAUGAAUCUCUAAUCAAUGAAAAAUUUCUAUUAAUUCUUCAUUAUGGGGGAGAUGCAGAUAUUGAUCUGGCAGAGUUAGGCGUUCCUGUAUUUGGACCUUUUGGUAAAGCCAAGCUUUUAUGGACCAAUCAUGGAAGAUUUCAGCUCUCACAGAAACAACAGAAGUUGUUGACAUCCAGUUUCCUUGAUAUAAACAUGCUUUUCAUUACCAGCGACCACAUCUAUAUCGGGCAACAACUACGUUGUUUAUUGCACAAAGAAGCUGUUGAGGUGAUUAGUUACACCGGAAUGGAUGACAUCAACCCAGCAACUGUUGUGGAUUGCUUCUUGUACUCGCUGUUGCUGGUAGGACAACUGCGUGAAAACUCUGACACUGUUGAGUAUGAUUGGGCCACUUAUGUUUGCAACUACUGGAUAUGUGACGGAAUCCUUCAAAAGGACAGAGCUUGGGAGGUUGGCAAUGCAUUAUAUGGAGUGAUAGGCCAAUUGCGCCAUUCUUCAGAUGCAAUAGAAACUCUAUUAUAUUGGUUGGACCAACAAAUAAAAUCCUACCAAGGCUGGAAGUCAAUUGCAUCAAACCAACAAGGAGCACAAAGUAUCUCUGCUGUUCCUGUUGAUGCAUCAUCCUAUUUCUUAACAUUUAAGGGAGAUGAUCUGCUAGAACUACCGAAUGAUUUGUUUCAACUAGCCAACAACCUCCGUGUGCUAAAACUCUGCAAGUGCAGUUUUGAUUUUGCAUUCCCUCCUUUCCAAUCCUGCCACAACCUAAGGUUCCUUUGGCUUGACCAUUGUGCAAACACUGGGAAGGAUCAAGGUGGGGGAGCAUGUUUUCCAAACCUGAUAGUGCUUGAAUUGAGUCACACAGAUUAUGCCUUGCAGCAGCAGAUGAUUGAACGGAUGACCAAUCUAAGAGAGAUAAAUACAAAAGGAGUCUCAUGGAGGAAUAUAAGUCAUGCAUGGAAAACAUUACAAAAUGUUCACAAGCUCCGACUAACCGAAUCUUCGGAUGUGAUCACAGUGGACAAUUGCUCUUCCUUGGAUAUGAUCAAUCCGGAGCUCCUUGACUUGUCCGGCAAUACCUGUAUGGAAUCAUUGCCUAGAAUGUCAUCAGCGGCAAGCCUGAAGAUGCUUGUUCUUGAUGGUUGUUCCAACUUGGAGACCGUUGCACUUGAAGGAGCUCUUCCACUGCUAGAGACUUUUAGCUUCGAUGGUUAUGGCCCAACGGAGAACUGGGCACAUCCCAUAAACUUACCCCAAAAGGAAUUUCGGCCAAAGUCUCGUGCAACUCCAAUCAAAGAAGCCAAGGUGACAAAAAUCUCCCUGGUGGGUUGUGGUCGAUUGCAUAGCAUAUUCUUGCGUGGACUGGCCAAUCUGGAUGAGUUGGACCUCUCUGAUACAUCUAUCAAAAUACUUGACCUUGGUGCCAUGGAUGUCCCCGAGCUCAGGAAGUUACUCUUACGGGGUUGUCGGCAGCUCUGUAGCCUAGGUUGGCGUGAUUAUAACCCGUCUAGAUUGGAAGUGGUACAUGUAGACACUAUGGGGAGGAAAAGAUUAGUGGUAUGCUGUGCACAAGCGAGGGAGGACUUCUUUAGUUCUGUGGCAUGCAUUACCCUUACAGAUGCAAGAAUCCUCUGGCGGUGCAUGCGGGAACUCUUUUGGUUCAUAUAUGGUAGGGGCAAAAAGAAGUUGCACCUCCAUAUCUCUUCUACUGUUCAUAGCCAAAUUGCCAUGACCAAAAGUGUCGAGGAGAUUGGCCCCAGCAAAGUGGGUUUUGUUCCUACGGGGCGAUCGUUACCUUAUAAAGAUAUUAUCCUUCUGAAGGAUGUAGCAUGUUCAUCCCUUGUAUGCGACCAGCGGCAGCUUCAACCUCUCGAUGUGCAUAUGGAGAUUGGUGAUGAAGGCCACAAUUUGGAGAGUAUGGACACGGACAUAUAUUUCAGACGGUUCACUCUGGAUGGUGUUCAGUCCUUGCAUGUGCAUGACAAUUCCUCGAUCACCGCUAUCCCUCCAAGGGGUCCACAAACUUGGCAUAGACUAAGAUGGUGUCAUGUUGAUAGAUGUCCCAAGCUAUACUCUCUCUUUUAUUGUGAGGCUGGAGAAUUCAACUUCAUUAAUUUAAGGACAUUUUCCGCGUUUGAUCUCCCGACGGCCUGCUGCAUUUGGGGUAAAACCAAUCCCAAAGAUCCUGAAGAUUGCAUAUACCUACUAAGUGCCUUCACAGCCCUACAUUCCAUAUACCUACACAAUUGCCCCAAGCUGGUGUUUGUCCUCCCAAUUUCCUUCACCUUGCCAAGCCUGGAGACCAUACAAAUUGCAUACUGCAGCAACCUCCAAUAUGUUUUUCCACUGGACAACGAGUACCCUCCAGAGAUAGCAUCAGGCGUCACAUUCCAGAACCUGAAGCACAUUAAGCUAUACCAUCUCCACCGGCUGGAGCAGAUAUGCGAGACCAGACUGACCGCGCCGGCACUGGAGACAAUCAGCCUCAGGGACUGCUGGGGCCUGAGGCGGAUACCGGCCGUCGUCGCGCGUCAAGGUCCUAAGCUAGUUGUGGACUGUGAGAAGGAUUGGUGGGGCAAGCUCGAGUGGGACGGCCUGCAGGCCGGCCAUGACCCGUCGCUCUUCGAAACACGCCACUCGGCUUACUACAAGAAGACGCUCCCAAGGGUCUCUGUUCUAAGGUGAUUUGCUGCACCCCUCUGCCAUGUCUAGCUUGGUCUAUAAGAUGCAAUCAAGGGAGGUCAGGCUACGUGUUUCUGUGUUGCAAGUGUGGUGUGUUCACGAGCAGGUUACGUACGCUGCUAUGCACAAGCAAGAAUAAAUGGUGUGUUUUCAGCCACCAAGCUACCUGAUUUUGAGUAUGCUUGGACGAUUAGAUUGGACAGGAUUGGAUUGGAUUGUUGUGUGAUGCACUUUGGGUGCUGGGCUUUCACCAGCUUGGUGUGGUGUUCACAUCUAGCUGGUUAAUUUGUGUUGAUUCGUGAUUUGCUUGUAAUAAGAUGAGGCUGUGCAUGUGCUGUGCGCGCCAACCCAGUGUGCUGUGUGACUGAUUGAUGAACCACAAAUUCAGCUUGUAUUUGAUCAUAUAUACGACACUAUUCUUGUGAUGAG